AUGCCUGCGAGCCCCCGUAAUAACUCUACAAAAUCCUUUAGAGACUUCAGGCAGAAGGCUUAUGGCACGUUUGGAGUUAACAGUCCCUGUGAGGCUCCAACGCCCUGUGAGGCUCCCAUACCCUGUGAGGCUCCCACGCCCUGUGAGGCUCCCACGCCCUGUGAGGCUCCGACACUCUGUGAGGCUCCCACGCCCUGUGAGGCUCCGACGCCCUGUGAGGCUCCGACGCCCUGUGAGGCUCCCACGCCCUGUGAGGCUCCGACGCCCUGUGAGGCUCCGACAGCCUGUGAGGCUCCCACUCCCACGCCCUGUGAGGCUCCCACGCCCUGUGAGGCUCACACGCCCUGUGAGGCUCCCACGCCCUGUGAGGCUCACACGCCCUGUGAGGCUCCCACGCCCUGUGAGGCUCCCACGCCCUGUGAGGCUCACACGCCCUGUGAGGCUCACACGCCCUGUGAGGCUCCCACGCCCUGUGAGGCUCACACGCCCUGUGAGGCUCCCACGCCCUCUGAGGCUCACACGCCCUGUAAGGCUCCCACGCCCUGUGAGGCUCCCACGCCCUGUGAGGCUCACACGACGUUCUUUGGUUGGGGCUUGAACGUGAAGAAUGCCCAGACAAAUAUCCAAUCUUCAGGAGAGGUUAUAGAAGAGAACUUGACUUGUUCAGAAAUUAAUCAAGAAAUGGGUUCAGGGGCAGAAGCAACAGAUACUGACGAGGAGGAUCAGCAGAGUCCAACUACUCUGGCCAAGAACUAA